AGAAAACAUUUAACCAACAAAUCCUCAUAAUACAUAUUGUUUGUUUCCUUAAAAAAUAUAAUAUUGUGUCCCUCAGAAGAUCUGAAAAAAGGCCCCCACAGGUGUCACUGAUGGUGUAAUGGUUCACUCAGUCAGAGACUGAGAAUGUGCAUGUGAGUGGUUGUCUGUUUUUAUAUGUGAUUGACUGGCGACCAGUCCAGGUUGUAGUCUUGCCUUUUGCCAGAAGUCAGCUGAGAUGGGCUCCAGCUCCCCACGACCCUCGAAGGAUAAGCGAGAUAGAAAAUGGAUGGAUGGUCCAACAGGGAAAAAGGUUCCCCACCCGUGCUAGAUGCUCACCAGUAUUUUUUUUUAUUUUUUAUUUUUUUUUAUUUUUUAAAUGUCUCACUCUUCUUGAUUUGUACAAAACUAGGAAAUGUGUUCAUGUUGUGACCAAUUGUACAGAUGUCACGUCGUCUACUCGACCUGCUGCACAACAAACAUCAGAUAGGAAGUCGUUGCCCUCAUGGAGUAAUGGGAGAUGCGAGCAGCACACGCCACUUUUUCCUUAAAAAAAGAAGAAAAGACAAACCAUGCCAAGAGGAAAACCACGCCAUGAUAUCUUUGUUCUCACUUGAACUAUAAUGAACGCUGCUUCAUUUCGCAAUGAAAAAUUUUCUGCCGCAGCGUCGUGUUGGCCAAUGUUGAUUUAAUACUAAUGUUCCUCUCUGACUGCUGUUGAAUGAUGUUUGCCUUGGACUUAACCAAGAUGUGUCAUGUUACAGAGAGUGUAUGGUUGGGACUGAAUGGCAUCAAGUGUAAUUGUUAUUAGUAUUAACAUGACAAUACAGAACAUGAUGCUGGUUUAAAAAAAAAUGCCACUGCUGCUGAGUGUUUUGAUCCGGUCAGUCGUCAUUGCACUUUAUACAUCACACAAAACUUGAUUAGGCGCCCUGGCAGACACCCCUUCCCAAGGCUCACUGACUUCUCCAGAUUUUGAUGCACCACAACACUCAGGGGGACACUGAUACACAGGGUAGGGCCAAUGACUGCCAGUCGGGUACCUGGCAGUCAUAGUAAUGGGGUGAGGUGGGUUUUCACUGCACUCAUGGCAAUCUAGGCAUUUAAAUUACAGUAUGUAUUAUUUGAUAUUUAAAUAUUUUGUAUAUUUAAUGCUUUUUUUUAAUAUAAUGAUAUUUGGAAAUGACAGAACAUGUAUGACAAAUUACUGGCACAGUUUUUCUUCAUAUCUAAUCAUCCUUGGGACCAUGGAAAGGCACUAUAUAAAUCUAAACUAUUAUAUUACUAUCUAGCCAAAAUAUUAUUAGAUGAUUAUUAAUAGUCUUAUCAGAAUUGUAUUGCCGUCAAUAAAAUGGCACUCAUCCCCAAAAUAAAUCGUAAAAAAAAGUGUGCGUUGUGAGUUUCACAAUUCCUUUUUAUUUCUACUUUUCGUUCACUUUUUAAAACCGUAAAUGUCUCUAAUUACGUCACUUUUGUUUGUUUGUUUUAAUUUAUUGAAUGAAUAAACAUUUCAAUGUUCCCAAACUAUUUUCAGCAUGUUAACUGCGUGUAAUAUAAUAUUUUAAGUCUUGCUUAUAAGGUGAUCAGCAGAGCAUAAAAUUGAGAAAUAAAAUAAAAGUCAAUAAGUAGAAAGUAAAAUGCACUGAAAAACAGGUAUAUCAACUGGGUAUUUUUCAGUCUGCGGUUUCAAAGAAAAAAAGCAUUGCACACUCACCAUCGUAUUGUUUUUCUUCUUCUUAAUUUAUCUCAUAGACCUGAAUGUAUCAUUAAACUGUAAUCGGAAAGGCACAUAUAUGGCAGUAGAUUUGGAAAACCUUUGUAUGUGUUUGAAAAAAUUGGUUUGUUUUAAACAAUAAUUGACGGGGCCGCCUUUGUUUUGACGUCAUAUUAGCGCGACGCCCAGUCGUCUUCCAAUAUGGCUUCCAGAUUAGAAGUCAAUUUCGUUCGGUUAUUGUCUCGCUGUGAGUCUAUAGCUUCGGUAAAACGUAGCGAAGAUGAAUGGAGGCUGGAGAAGUAUGUUGGCGCCUUGGAGGAGAUGUUGGUGGCUCUGAGAAAAAGCAUGAGCAAGCCCACUCCAGAAGUGCUGACAGAAUACACAAGAAAGGUGGAUUUUCUGAAAGGCCUUCUAGAAGCAGAGAAGCUGUUGUCACCAACAGAAAAGGCUCUAGCAAACCAGUUCCUCGCCCCUGGCCGAACACCCACAAUAGCCAACGAGAGGAUGGCUGCCACUAAAACUGUCCACAUGCAGACCAAGGCCCGAUGUACGGGGGAGAUGAGGGAUGAGCUGCUUGGCAUGGGCUUUUCUAAAAAAGAAGGAGAUUUGCGAAACAGAAGAGGUCUGCCUCUGGAUGAGCACCAGUCUGCUGCAGAGCUGGACGCCAUCUUGCAGCACCAACACAACCUGCAGGAGAAGAUCGCUGAGGACAUGCUCAACCUGGCCAGGAAUCUGAAAAAUAACACUCUGGCCGCGCAGAGCAUCAUCAAACAGGACAAUCAGACUUUGGGCCAGUCGAUACAUCAAGCCGACCUCAACUUUGAGAAGCUGAAGACCGAGUCGGAGCGUCUGGAGCAGCACGCCAAGAAAUCGGUCAACUGGCUGCUGUGGCUCAUGCUCAUCCUGGUCUCCUUUGCCUUUAUCAGCAUGAUCCUCUUCAUCAGACUCUUCCCCAGGCUCAGAUGAUAAAGUGUCGUCACCGCACAGUGUGGUGUUCUAAUCUAAACCAAUCAUGAAUUGACGCAUAGAGCUACAACAUGGAUGGAUACUAAUUGUUCAAUCGCCUCAGCGUGUCCCCCUCCCUGUCAUCUUACACACACUUUUUUUAAUAAUGUGACAAGUGUCAUUUUGUACAUAGUAGUUUUCCCCCUUAUACAAAUAGAUGAGUCCACCAAACAACCUAAUCCAGUGUGUUUUAAGGGUGAAUUCAUUACACCCCUUAAUCUUGCUCAAAUGAACUAUUUACAUUCAAAUACUCACUGGACAAUUUCUAAGGUACAAUUGCACAAUCUAAAUGUGAUGGAAAACAAGAGAUUCAUCCAAUAUUCUGCCUUUUAAAAGGUAACAAUGCUCAAUUUAAGCAGCACAGUAGUUCAUUAGCAUGUCUAUACCUCACAGGUCUGAGAUAAGGUUUGAAGCUCAGCUGUUGGCCUGCCUAUGUGGAGUUAUCAUGGUUUCCCUGUGCUUGUGUGAGGUACUGUGGCUUCCUCCCACAUUAGGAAAAAAAAACACACCAAAAAACAUGCCUGUUAUGUUCAUAGAAGAAUUAAUUGUCCAUGUGGGUAAAUGCUUAUGUGCCCUGCCACUGGCUGGCGACCAUCCCAGGGUACCCAGCCUCUCACCCAAAGUUAGCUGGGAUGUACUCCAGUCCAAUUGUGACACUUAUGUAGACUAUAGAGAAUGGAUGGAUGGUCAAUUUAACACAGUUUAUUAUUGUGGUUGUAUUUUGAAUUGGUAAAAAUGCACUGCACCAAACUGAAAGCUGUAGUACAUUUUUAAAUGAGUAUAAUUACCUUCACUGAGUGAGAACCACAGGGGUGGCACAUUAGCCAAGCAAUAACCCAUUCAAUUUUUUGGAAGUUCCAGAUAAAUAUCAAUUUAGGUUCACUUUAUUCAGGUCUAGCAGAUGAAGCCGUGGUGGGAGGGGGAAAAAAUGUUUUAUUUCGCCACUGGUCCUAAUUUUUUUCAACAAACAUUUAGUUUGAGCUUGUACUUUGUGAUUUAAAAAAAAAAAAAGACACAAAGAUAAUGUCAGAACCUUUCCCACCAUUAAUGUGACCUAUAACCUGUACACGUCAAUUGAGAAAAGACGUUAAGGGGAAGUAAAAAUAAACAACUGAGAUCAUGUGGUAGCACAAGUGUACACACACUCUUAUAACUGGGGAUGUGGCUGUGUUCAAAAUUAACCAAUCACAUUUAAAACACCUGCUAUAAUUUAAAGGCCCUGUGACUAACCCCAAAUAAAGUUCAGCUUCUCUA